AUGUCUGCAAUCGCUACCGCAUUUAGCAACUUGGUGCGAAGUUUCGUGGGCCAGGCCCCAGAGGAGGCUAAACGUGCUCCUAAAGAUGAAGAGUUUCAGACUUUAAGGGAGAUGUACCAGAAUGCAGGACAAGGCCACGUCUUUGCCUUUGCUGAUGAGCUCUCCACCGACGAAAAGACACAGCUCUUCCACCAGAUCUUGUCCACUGAGCCCAACUGGAUUAACAAGCUGGCUGACGAGAGCAUCAACCCGAAACCCAAGACUGAGCAAGCCGCCGCCGUCCUCGAGCCCCUCCCCGAGUCUGUCACCGCCUCAAUUAUUGAUUCUGACCCCGCGGAUCUCAAGUCCUGGUUCGAUAUCGGUUUGAAGGAGGUUGCGUUGAACCGUGUUGCUGUUGUGUUGAUGGCUGGUGGACAAGGAACUCGUUUGGGUAGCUCCGCACCCAAGGGUUGCUAUGAUAUUGGUCUCUUGAGCGAGAAGUCGCUCUUCCAAUUGCAGGCCGAGCGUAUCAGGAAGUUGCAGGAGCUCGCGCAGAAGGUCCACGGUGUUGAGGAGGCGAUCAUCCCCUGGUACGUUAUGACCAGUGGACCUACAGAUGCUCCGACAAAGGAGUUCUUCGCAAAGAAUAAAUAUUUCGGUCUUUCAGAGAGCAAUGUUCACAUCAUUGAGCAAGGUACGCUACCUUGUAUCUCCAACGAGGGCAAGAUCAUGCUCGAAAGCAAGUAUAAGGUUGCUAUGGCUCCCGAUGGAAAUGGUGGUCUUUAUAAGGCUCUGAUUACCUCCGGGGCCCGUGAGAAUAUGCGUACCCGUGGUAUCAAGCACAUCCACGUUUUCGGUGUUGACAACUGCCUGGUCAAGGUGGCCGACCCGAUCUUCAUUGGUUUCUCUGUCUCCAAGGGUGUGGAUAUUGCCACCAAGGUGGUGCGCAAGCGUGAUGCCGCCGAGUCCGUUGGUCUGAUUAUGCUGAAGAACGGCAAGCCCGACGUUGUUGAGUAUUCCGAGAUCGACCAGGAAACUCGCGAGGCCAUUGACCCCAAGCAGGCCGGCGUGCUCAAGUUCCGUGCCGCCAACAUUGUCAACCACUACUACUCCUUUGAGUUCCUCGAUACCAUCCCUCAAUGGAUGGCCAAUCUCCCUCACCACGUGGCCCGCAAGAAGAUCCCUUGUAUCAACCCUGAGAACGGUGAGGCUGUCAAGCCUACCACACCCAAUGGUAUCAAGUUGGAGCAGUUCAUCUUUGAUGUGUUCCCCAUGAUUCCCCUGCAAAAGUUUGCUUGUCUUGAGGUGCGCCGCGAGGAGGAGUUCUCUGCCUUGAAGAAUGCUCGUGGUGCUGGCGAGGAUGACCCAGAUACCAGCCGUGCCGAUAUUAUGAAGCAGGGCCAGCGCUGGGUUGAGGAGGCCGGUGCUGUUGUUGUCACUGAUGGUGAGGCCUUUGGUGUUGAGGUUUCUCCUCUGAUCAGCUACACUGGUGAGAACCUGGAGUUCCUCUCUGGUCGGGAGAUCAAAGCCCCAGCUAUCCUGGAGCGGGGAGGAGUAAAAGGUGAUGUAUCAGACAUCAGACCUUCCCUAGACAUUCUCUCUUGGAUGAUCUAG